AUGGGCACGGAAUAUGACGUCCUCGACAACGACCUCGUCUACUACGUCCGAUCCAACCUCAAGCCCCGCAGAUGCAUCGCCCUUGCUCUCGCCGUCAACGUCGACCCUAAGCCCAUCGACUCCAUUUACGCCAUCGGAUCAAGCAGGCACGAGGGGGAAAACAGCGAUCACAAAAAAAGAAGGGGCCACAAAAAAAUUGGUAAAAAUCAAAAAAACCCUUCGAGAGGAGGCGUCCGAGGCGGUCGAGAUCAAUUCAAGUGGGAUGAUGUUAAGGCUGACAAGCACCGAGAGAAUUAUCUUGGCCAUAGCAUUAAGGCUCCUGUUGGCAGAUGGCAGAAAGGGAAGGAUUUGUUCUGGUAUACCAGGGAUAAGAAUUCUGGGAGCUCGAAUUCGGAUGAUGCUCGCAAGGAGGAAAUAAGGAGGAUAAAGGAAGAGGAGGAGCAGGCUAUGCGCGAGGCCCUUGGCCUAGCUCCUAAGCGGGCUAGCCGACCCCAAGGCAAUCGCCUAGAUAAGUACGAGUAUGCAGAACUUGUGAAGAGAGGGUCCACAGCUGAGGACUUAGGGGCUGGUCAUGCUGAAGCUGCACAAGUUCAAGGACUUGGCUUAUACAAAGUGCCUCGUAAUAGGGAAGAGUCUUUUUCUCUUCCAGGCAAUCUACAGGAAGCAAAAUCCAAUACACUAACCGAAUCUCAGUUAGAAAGCGACGAAGAUCGUUCCGAGGAGGAGAGUAGGAGGAAGAGGCGGCGUGAGGAGAGGAAAAAUGAAGAGAGAAGACGAGAUACGCCUGAGAAUGUUAAGGAGAGAAGACGAGAUAAGCAUGAGAAUGUGAAGGAGAGAGGACGAGAUAAGCAAGAGAAGCACCAGCGUAAAGAUAAGGAAAAGCGGAGGCAUGAUUCAGAUUAAUUUUUUCUUUGUAACUAAACCAGGUGACAAUUGGCGGUUAGCCAAAUGAUGGAUUACUGGUAUGUUGUUGAGCUGUUUAAUAGGGCAGUGAUUUCUGUUCUUACUUGGGAAAGAAUCGAAGGAUUGCAGUUUGUUUUGUUAACUACCGUCUCAAUUCUGUUCAAGGUUCAUAGUAACUACAGUUGGCCAA